AUGCCGCCGGCAUUGAAACCCGCAGCACCGUCGCAGAGCCUCCUCCGAUUUCUGCGCGCGCAGUCCGAGGGCUUCGCCUUCUCUGGCCUGAGCCACGGCGCAACCUGCGUCGUCCGCCGCUGCCCCAAUGCCGCUUCCUCGCGUCGCAAUGUCUCGACUGGCGCCAGCAGCACACCGCGGGUCCUCGUGAGGUAUCUGGGCACGUCGUCGUCGCCCAGGCGCCCCGUCCUCGCCGUGAUGCGGUCUGGCCUCCUGGAUCUUGACGCCAUCGUCCCUAGGUCGCUCUGCAGGAAACAGCGCACCAUGGCGACCAGCUUGAACAACACGCCGGAGCAGCCGCCCACGCCUGACGCACCACCAGACUGCAUGCCAGACAAGAUGCCCUACAAGCCCAACAGACCCACAUGGCGGGAUUGGAUAUUCCGGCGCGAGGACGCAGCGCAUGCGGCAUCGCAGCUGAAAGAGGAGGAUCUUAGGAUCCUGGGUGAUCAAGCCGGCUCAAUCUUCCCGCGCCGGCCCAUGACGGCGAAGGCGGCGCUGGACCCCCGGCUGCGAUGCACCGAGGUGGACGGGAGCGGGAACGUGAUCAUGGUUGACGGCGAGCUCAAGAAAAGCGAGCUCAUUGCCAAGUAUGGGCUCCUCCCGCGAGAUCUCCGCAAGAUUGACUCGUCGAACCUCCCGCACAUCGUCGUCCGCCCCUCUGCCAUCCUACUCAACCUGCUACACUUGAAGGUGCUUAUCAAGCACGACCGUGUCCUGCUGUUUGACGUCUACGGCUCGAGGACAUCGUUUUCGCAGUCGGCAUUCAUGUACGACCUGCAGGGGAAGCUACAGCAGAAGCAGAUGCCGGGCGCCAACAACCUGCCGUACGAGUUCCGCGCGCUCGAGGCGGUGCUCACGUCGGUGACGACGGAGCUCGAGGCCGAGUUCGGGACCGUCCGCGACCCUAUCCUCCUCGUCCUCAGCGAGCUCGAGGACGUCAUCGACCGCGAGAAGCUGAGGAGUCUCCUCUACCUGUCCAAGCGCGUAAGCACGUUUGAGCAAAAGGCGAAGUUGGUGCGCGACGCCAUUGAGGAACUGCUCGAAGCCGACGACGAUCUCGCGGCCAUGUACCUCACCGAGAAGACGCACGAUCUCUUCCGCGGCGAGGACGACCACACGGAAAUCGAGCUGCUCUUAGAGUCGUACAACAAGAUUUGCGACGAGGUGGUGCAGGAGGCGAGCAAUCUCGUCUCGAGCAUCAGGAACACCGAAGAAAUUAUCCGGGCGAUCCUGGAUGCCAACCGCAACUCUCUGAUGCUGCUAGAUCUCAAGUUCAGCGUGGGAACGCUCGGGCUCGCCAUGGGCACCUUCCUCGCGGGGCUGUACGGCAUGAACGUGGAGAACUUCAUCGAGGAGACCAACUGGGGCUUUGGGACCGUGACGGCCGUGUCGACCUUCUUCUCCAUCAUAGUCUGCUGGUACGGACUCAUCAAGCUGCGCAAGGUGCAGCGCGUCAGGAUGCGCGUCGACAAGCACCACAGCGGCGACCGGAGCCAGUUCUUCCAGGAGGACCCCAACGCACUGCUCGACCCCACCAACCGCGAGCGCCUGAGGAGGAUCAACAUGAUGAAGACGGUCAAGCAGCGGCCGAAGCGGUGGUUUUGA